GUUAAGUAUGUGAAAUAACACCACAUAUUUGAUUUAAUGCAGCUAACCAAAUGAAUCUAAUCGUAUAAACCACGUUAAAAGUGGUCAAAUCUUAAUAUUAAUUCGUCCUUCAAUUUAUGAAUUAACGGCUUUGUUCAACCCUUAUAAUUAAUUAGGGAAUAAAUGAAAAAAUUAAAUUGCCUAAGAAUCAUACACGUUGAGAGGAGAGAAAAAGGGAAGUUACGGCCAUAUGAAGACUUUUUUUACUGCACUUUUCUCUCUUGAAGAACAUAACAUCAAAAGGAACUUUUCUUGUAGUUUAAUAAAAGACAAAACGUAAUUGGGUUAAAGAUUAUUAUAAUUUUUUGACAACAAUGAAAAUGAAAACCACCCAAUAUAAAUAAGACGCCAAGGGUUAAAGAUUAGUUAGAGGUUUAAAGUUUAAACGUGUAUAAUUUAGAUUGUGGUUUAGACAUUUAGAUAAUGUGGGUAAAUUUAUCAACUCGAAUAAAUAUCAUAAAGUGAUAUGACUCAUCUAGAGGAAAAAAUGUUGAAAAAGUCUAGGCUUGGAUUAAAGAUAUACUUCAUAGGUUAGCGGUUUAAACGUCUAGAAUUUAGAACGUAUUUUAGAUUUGAGAAAAAUACCAAAAUCUAAUUAGUUGGCAUUGAAUGCCUAUCUUGUAAGGCUAUAAACCUAAACACCUAACCAAGUUUCCUCUACCUUCACAUGUGUAAGACUCCACUCAUUACUCUUCCGUGAUCUCAACGCUUAGAUAUGAAUACUUGAUUUCGUGUCAUUGUUCAGGCUCGGAGAUUUGUUUUGGAGAUUAAGCCCCUUAGAUUCAGAGAAAGUUUAAUUUCCCAUUUAUUUUCCAGUUAUUAGCAAUGGAAGAAGAUAACCACGAAAAACAACUUGACGAUGGCGGAUCUUCCUCUCUCUUUAAGACUUGCUUCAACGCACUCAAUGCCCUUUCAGGAAUUGGAAUACUAUCCGUACCAUAUUCACUAGCUCGUGGAGGAUGGUUGAGUCUUUCACUUCUCUUACUCCUCGCCGCAACCGCCUUCUACACAUCCUUACUCAUUACAAAAUGUAUGAACGCUGAUCGCACCAUCAAAACAUAUCCUGACAUUGGAGAACGCGCGUUUGGUAGACCAGGAAGAAUCAUUGUGUCAGUCUUCAUGCACCUAGAACUCUACCUAGUCACCACAGGUUUCUUGAUCCUUGAAGGUGACAAUCUUCACAAUCUUUUCCCGGGGUUUAACAUCAAACUGAUGGGGUUGAGAUUGAACGGGAAACAAUCGUUCAUGGCGUCAGUGGCCCUCGUCAUCAUGCCAACUCUAUGGUGGGACAGUUUAAGCGUCUUGUCUUAUGUUUCCAUGAGUGGAGUUUUAGCUACGGCAGUGACUCUUGGAUCAAUAUCUUGGGUCGGAGCAUUUGAUGGAAUAGGGUUUCAUCAAAGUGGAAAGCUGAUCAACUGGAGUGGGAUCCCUACCGCUUUGAGUUUGUAUGCUUUUUGUUAUGGUGCGCAUCCCGUGUUGCCCACUUUGUAUUCUUCUAUGAAAAGCAAACAUCAAUUCAACAAUGUCCUACUUAUAUCUUUUAUACUGUGCACCAUAGGUUACACAUCAAUGGCGGUUUUGGGCUACUUAAUGUAUGGAUCUAACACUUUAUCACAAAUAACAUUGAAUCUUCCGAUUCAUAAGACGAGUUCAAAGGUGGCGAUAUACACAACCCUUGUAAACCCCAUAGCCAAAUAUGCAUUGAUGAUCACACCAACGGUGAACACAAUAAAAGAUUGGUUUCCUAAGAAGUACGCCAAGAAAUCAUACUUGCAUCUCUCGAUAAGUACAUUGUUCAUAGCAAGUAGUGUGGUCAUCGCUGAGACACUUCCUUUCUUCGGCUAUAUGAUGUCUCUGGUUGGUGCAUUACUGAGUGUAACGGUUUCCAUUCUUCUCCCUUGCCUAUGUUACUUGAAGAUCUCUGGAAAUUUCAAGAAACUUGGGUUCGAGACUGUAAUGUUGUUUGGUAUGGUGGUGAUGAGUGUUCCCAUUGGUGUUUUAGGAACUUACAUUGCAAUUCGAGAAAUGGUUGGUAGUGUCUGAAAGUUUAUAUUUAUUAUAAAGCAAAUAAAGAUAUUAUAACAAUUUAUAUGUUUAUGUUUCUACAUCUUGUUUUAUAAUGACAUACUUUACUUUGUAUGUGUA